AACUGGGGCAGUAAGGCGCUGCCGAAACAGCUCCAGUGCCGGCGAGGGCACACCACGGGCAGCGGCUUCUGGACUGCGCGAUGAGCGGAUGCAGGUAGCUUCCCUGACGCUGCAGACAAGAGGAGAAGAUGAAGGAAGAUUGUCCACCCAGUUCUCAUGUUCCCGUCAGCGAUAGCAAGUCCAUCCUGAAGUCGGAGCUCUUAAGCUUGCUAAAAACUUACAACUGCUACCAUGAGGGCAGAAGCUUUCAGCUGAGACACCGAGAGGAGGAAGGCGCCUUGAUCAUUGAGGGACUUCUCAACAUUGCCUGGGGACUGAGGCGGCCAAUCCGGCUCCAGAUCCAGGACGACAGGGAGCGAGUGCACCUCCCUUCAGCCUCCUGGACGCCUGGACAGCCCAGCUGCCACCUAAAGGAGCCACUUCUUCAGGAUGGCAAGGUCGCUGCCCAGGAGCCGAGCGCUCAGAAGGCGCCCAACGCCGAGAGUUCCAGAGCCAGCUCAGAGCCCCUGGAGGAGGACGAGGAGACCCCCCAGCUGAUGCGGACCAAGAGCGACGCAGCCUGUGUGAUCCAGAGGAGGCCCCGGUCCCGCACCCCCGGCGAGGCCCAGAGGAUCCGGCGACACCGGUUCUCCAUCAACGGGCACUUUUACAACCACAAGACCUCAGUGUUCACUCCUGCCUAUGGAUCCGUGACCAACGUGAGGGUCAACAGCACCAUGACAACCCUGCACGUGCUCACCCUGCUGCUGAACAAGUUCCGAGUGGAAAAUGGCCCCAGUGAGUUUGCGCUCUACGUUGUUCACGAGUCUGGGGAGCGAACAAAAUUAAAAGACUGUGAGUACCCGCUGAUUUCCAGAAUCCUGCACGGGCCGUGUGAGAAGAUCGCCAGGAUGUUCCUGAUGGAAGCCGACCUGGGCGAGGAAGUGCCCCACGACGUCGCUCAGUACAUUAAAUUUGAAAUGCCGGUGCUGGACAGUUUUGUUGAAAAAUUAAAAGAAGAGGAGGAAAGAGAAAUAAUCAAACUGACCAUGAAGUUCCAAGCCCUGCGUCUGACGAUGCUGCAGCGCCUGGAGCAGCUGGUGGAGGCCGAGUAGCCAGCCGGCACCAGCCUCUCCCGGAGCCCCCCACGGCCGGUGCGAACUGAGUGCGGGUGACCAGGCCCUGAUCCGUCCCAUUGACUGAGAGCUACCGGCUGAGGAGUCUAGCACACGUGCUUCUACACGUCUCCCUGCCUGAGCACCAUAAGUCCCAGGCCCCUGGCUCUGGGCUCCAAGCUGAGCACUUACUUACAGGGCCCAGAGCCAGGCCCCGAGGAGCCAGGAAUUUGCUGGGUGGGGUCUCUGUGUGAGGCCAGCCUGUGUAGUACGCAGCCCUGAUGCUGACACUGGCUGGAGUAUGUGGCUGGACAUGGUGGCCGGUCCUGUUCAGGAGAGCAGUGCCUGAUUGAGCCCAUGAUGUGUGCGCUGUCUGCUUCCCCGUGCCUGGCCCAGAGUAUCUGCACAGCCACAAGCCUCCGACCUCCUCAUCCACGUGACCCAUGAGAUCUCUGUCUGCCCUCACCUCACACAGCAGCUCAGGACUCCACUGGGAAAAGCAGGGGCUGCUAGCAGACAUGGGAUGUGCCCGGCAUCUGGCCAUCACUUUCCCCAUGGCAUCCCUGGCCUCCAAGCCUCUGAUGCCACCCCAGCGCCCUGGCAGCAGAGGUCAGACCAGAAAUAAGACCAUGAGCAUCCCAUCUUCUCUUUACAGCACUCACUCUUAACAUCCUCGAUGAGACCUGGAGGAAUUCUUAUAAGGACCUUGCUGCAGGAAACAUGUCACUUUGAUCACAUGGAGGAGGUGGCCCACAUGGUGUCGGAAGGAUGCCAGCCUGUGUGGAGCAAAAGCCAGGGGCUGAACAGGGGGCGGCUGAGAGGUGGGCUCAGGAAGGCAAGGGCUGUCACACUGUCCCACGGAUACCUGUGUGUCUCCUGCCCUUUCUGGUCUUGUUCCUCCGCUCUCUACACUUCCUGUCAAAGGGGUACAAUGAGAGGAUAUGUAUUUGAGGAGAAAGGGCUUUGAAUUCCUCGGGGUCAGAACAAUUUGGGUUUGUCAGCUGAUGGAGAAUUUCUGGGAUGAACAAGAAGGCCUUUGCAAAACUAUGCAACAGUUUACAUUGGUCAUGUGAAGUGUUUGUCCAAAACAGAGCAAGUUAAAAACCAAAUUCUUUUCCCACUGGGUCCUGUGGAUAGUAGAUUUAAAAAGAAGAACUAUAGAGUCUUCCAAAUAUAAGAGAGAUCCCAUCUCUGCUCUGUGCAGGGGCUCCUUACUGGGGCCUAUUAGGAGCAGAGCUUGGGAGCAGCCUCGUCAUGUGGAUCCACUGCUCAGGGUCAGCUUCAUGCCAGGGUUUCCCAGACCUAGCUCUGUGGUCCCAGAGACAUGCAGAGAUCCCCUGUGGUUUCAAUCAUCUCUGCUCUCCUUUGGCAACAUAAUUUCAUAGGUGCUCAAUAAAGGUGUGUUAAAGUGAAGGA